CCUGAUGAGUGCUGCUCCUGCUGCUGCCUCAGGAUGCUGGUGGAUGGACAACAGAUUCAACACCUACCAUGAAGAAUCGCUGGAGCUCUUGGACCAAAUGGCUGCUAAUGCUACGGUGGAUAUGGAGAAUCCGGUGGCUUUCCCCAGACAUGUGUACGAGAGAGCGGCCAAAGCGUCAGCUGAGGACCGCCUGGCGUUGGUGGUGCAGGUCCUGCAGGAGGUGGAGGACCUGUUUGACCAGAAAAACACGUCGUCUUCUUUGUGGGACGAAAGGACGCUGGACAACUUUCUCAACAUCGUCCACGAGGAGAAAAACAAUCUGCAGUCCUGCAUGGACAGAAUGCAGCAGAAGAGCAGGACCAGCAAAGCCAAGAACCGCAAGCUGGGCUCGUAUUUCAAGAGACUUUCUCGCUGCCUUCGGGACGGAAAGCAGGACAGCACGGAGGCCUGGGAGAUGAUCAGGAAGGAAGUUCGAAUGCAUCUUUUCCAAGCCAGCCAGCUCAUCCCAUCCAAGACAUUCAAGUGACAAGGAUGCUAUCAUGC